AUGUCCAAUGGGAAAGAUGCACCUGUGGCAGCGAACUCCUCACAGAUGACCCUGCAGGUGUGCCUUGAGGAGUGUAUGGAGGCCCUGGACCUCUUCCUCAACAACCACUUCAGUGAGAGCCUGGACAAACUGCGGCCACGGGCGAAGGAGAGCAUGUACCAUGCUCUGAUCUACGCCACUGUGCUGGAGAUGCAGGCUAUGAUGACCUUCCAGCAGGAUGACAUCGUCAAUGCAGGCAACACCAUGAAGAGUGCCCAGGAGGUCUGCCAGAGGUUUCGACGAAAGUCCCCUAGUAAUAUCAGUAAAUCACCUGGAGAGCGUCUAACUGAAGAGCAGCUCCAAGCUCUCCAUGCUGAUGCGUGUUAUGCUGAAUGCUUGCUCCAAAGGGCUGCUCUCACCUUCCUACAGGAUGAGAACAUGGUGAGUUUUAUCAAAGGAGGAAUCAAAGUACGCAACAGUUACCUGAUUUACAAGGAGCUGCACACCUUCAUACAGUCAAACAGCUCUCUCCAAGGACCUAACCACAUUCACUUAGAGGGAGGGGUGUCUUUUGGAAUCGGCGCAUUCAACUUGACUCUUUCCAUGUUUCCACCUCGGUUACUCAAAGUUUUAGAGUUUGCUGGCUUCUCUGGAGACAAGGAGUAUGGUCUGUCCCAGCUGAAUGAUGGUGCCACUACAAACAACCUGCGCUCAAUGCUGUGUGCCUUGCUGUUGCUCUGUUACUACACCUUCCUCACCUUCAUACUCGGGACCGGCGAGGGGGACGUGGCUGAUGCUGAGAAGCUGCUGAAGCCUUUCCGGCUCCGCUACCCACAGGGGGCCAUAUUUCUCUUCUUUGCAGGCAGGGCUGAGGCAAUCAAGGGGAACAUUGAUGAGGCGGUGGUGCUGUUUGAGGAUGGCUGCAAAGCUCAGCAGCAGUGGAAGCAGUUCCACCACAUGUGCUACUGGGAGCUGAUGUGGUGCUUCACCUACAAGUGCGUGUGGAGGAUGGCCUACUUCUACGCUGACCUACUGAGCAAUGAGAGCCGCUGGUCCAAGGCCAUGUAUGUGUACAUGAAGGCUGCUUACCUGAGCAUGCUUGCUCUGGGGGAGGCUAGGCCUUUUGGGGAAGAUGAGGUGGAGCUCUUCAGACAGGUGUCCACCUUCAAGCAAAAGAUAGCAGGGAAGUCUCCACCCACAGAGAAGUUUGCCAUUCGCAAGGCUAGACGUUACAAAGCUAGCUGCCCAGUGAGGCUCCCAGUACCUGUGCUGGAGAUGAUGUACAUGUGGAACGGCUUUUCCAUGAUCAGCAAGCGGCCAGAGCUGACCGAGGGCAUGCUGCAGACACUGGUGGAGGCAGAGCGCACCCUGCUGGAAUCUCCCGCGAAUGAGUAUUCAGUGGAUGACCGCUGUGUGAUCCACCUACUGAAGGGGCUGUGUCUGAAGAACCAGGGACACAUUCAGGCUGCAGAGGAAUGCUUCAACAAGGUGUACAACAGUGAGAAGAAGAUCAAGUUUGACCAUUACCUGGUGCCCAACGCUCUGCUGGAGCUCAGUGUGGUCUACAUAGACACGGGCCGCAAGGAGGAGGCCAUCAAACUACUGGUGAAAGCCAAAACUAACUACAAGGAGUACUCCAUGGAGUCACGCACCCAGUUCAGGAUCCAUGCUGCUCUCUCCAAACUCAAGGCUGACACUAGUGACCAAGAUGAAAUCACACCACUGUAGUAUAACAGGUGUCAUUGUGCUGAGCAAGCACUGGACUUGCUUCCCCUGCCAUCUGUAGAUGUUCCAGGAAGACUUGCUCUCUUUUUUUUUAAUCCUCAGACACUUUGAUCACUGCCUCAAUGUUACUUGCUUUGUGGUGAAAGUCUCCUUCCUUCAUGGAUGGUGGUCUCUCCCUGAUUAAAACACUUGAGUUUUGAAUGGGAGUUGGUAGAAGUUGCCUCUACCUGCUGGUUCUAGAUCAGAGGCAUUUUAUCCACCUACUGGGUGAUGAACACCCAUGGUUAGGUUCAGAUUUUCUUUUGUGUUUGAAUGUGUGGUACUUACAUCACUGUACUGGUUACCCAUAACAGUAGAUGGGAGGCAGUUGAUCAAAAUAAUUUGAA